GCAGUCUCCAUCACCACCUCAAACAAUCCGCUGGAAGUGCUGUCACGUUUCUGUUUAACAUGGAACACCUGGGCUAGUUAAACAACUGAGAGAGCUGAUAAAACAAACUGAACACAAUGGAGGAAAGAGAGAGAGCAGGAAGCAGAACAGGCUCUGUCUCCUCAGGUCUUGGGCCACUACGAAGUGGAAAAAACACACCCCUUGAGAGCAUUGACAUUCGACCAGCCAGUCGUUCAGGGAAGAACACUCCUCUUGAGAACAUUGACAUUCGACCAGCUAGUCGGUCAGGGAAGAAUACCCCCCAGGGUAGCCGCAGUGCUAGCAGAAUCGCUGAUCUUCCAGAAGAGGAGAUUGUGAGGAAUAUGCCGCAGGUGAAACCACUGCCACCUAUUGGCAAAGAGAAUAAAGAUGGCGGUGCACAAAGUGGGAGGACAAGCCCAGCCGAGAGUGUCAGCAGUCAAGGUUCUGCUGCGCAAACCUCCAAACCCAGGAUUAUUGCCUUCAGGAGAGAAAUGAGUUACGACAGCGGUUCUGACGACUCUGAUGACAGCACACAAAGGAAGAAAACCACCACACCUGCUAUACGCGAAACCUCCACCAAACUUGGGUUAGACGGCAGAACACACACCGUAAUCUCCACUCCCUGCCAGACGGAGUGGAGCUGGACCGAGACUAUGAAGAAAGCAGGGUUGCUAGGAGACUCGGACGACAAUGCAGAUGGAUUGGACACAGGAAGACUCAGUGGACAAGAAGCCAGAGCCAAGAGCCGAGGCGACAAGUCCAAGUCGAGUCUGUCAGUGGCCAGGUCUGUGGACGAUGACGCGGUCAGCAAAGUGCCCUCUAUUGGUCCGUCAGAAUCUUUCCCUCCCAGGGACGAUGAGUAUGGUAUUCCUAUCCUGGAGCUGGACACCAGUGAUACUGAAGAUGAUGACUAUGAUGAGGGUGCAGACACACUGCCCAGUAUAGGACCACCUGAUAUACUCAAGUUUAAAAGAGAAACAGAAAAGGACAGUGAAAGCAGCAGCCUGGAUUUGGAGGAACGUGAAAAUGAAUUCAAGGACUUAAUUGGCAAAAGUGUGGACAGCAAGGGGCGCCCUCUAGGGAUUUUUACUGGAGUCUGUGAGUUCUGUCAAAAGACAAUUAAACCUUUUCCAUCAAUGGAGGAGCAGCAGUCAAAGCCACCAGAUCAGUUAUACUGUUGUGAAGAGUAUAGGCAGUUUGUACACUUUGCUUUGUUCAACCCCAUGGAAACAGAACACAAGGUGGAUGAGAAAAUUGAUAUCAAACCUCACGGACCAUUUGGCAGCAAACAAGCCAGAAGAGCAGCCAAGGAGAGAGCUGUUUUAAGGAUGCGUGAGCGUGAACUUGCCAGAGCCCAACAGGUGGCAGCAGCGCAGCAGGCAGCGGCAGGUGGCGGGGGAGUCUCCAAUUUCUUUACGUUUGCCAGGGCGAUGAAGACCAUCAACUACCAGUUGUCCAGUCAGCGCUGCCUGGAUGAGGGGUGGACAGUGCGGCCCCCCAGUCCACUGUGGGAGGAAGCCAAGGACCCAGAUGUGUUCAGUGUAGAGGAUGUGGAUUUCACUAUGAAUGCUAAGGAGGGACUAGGCUGGGAGCUGAGAAAGAGGGGCGUCACACUGGAGAAGUACUAUGAAGAUGGCAGCAUAUUCCUGGUCCUGUUUCCUGACGGUACGGGACAUGUCUACUAUCCAUCAGGCAACUUGGCUAUUGGAAUAUCCUCCACCACCCCCGGGAAAUUCACCUAUGUCAUCCUGGAGGACGCCGCGGAGGAGCCGCAGGUGCUGGGCGUAUUUGAGCCUAAUGGGCACGCUGGCUGCUACUUCCACAAUGGGAAACUAAGACUGUGUUUAGAUCAGAUGGGAGGAAUUGAGUUGGACAUCAAUGGUGCUAAGAAGAAAAAGUGGAACUGGAAAGACGUGACAACGCAUGUGCAUGCGCCGCCAUUCCAGCCCAUCUGUUUUGCGUUGAACCGUUGCCUUAGCUUGCGGUUUCUGGACCAGGACAACAUCUCCUUACUGUUCCAGUCUCACAAACAGAGUUGUAAAUUUAAUGUUGGAGCCAAAUUGAAGCUUGUAAAUCCAGAGUACAUUCCGGUGAAAGAGAUAGAGGAAAAUGAAGUAUUCCUCAGUGAAUGUAAAACUAAAGUCGAGUUUCUGUUAGACAAAGUAGCUAACUUAAUGAAGUUCCCCAAGUCCCCCAAACUGGACAAACUCCAGCCACCCCUUUCAGUGGUCAGUCAGGCUCAGAGAACGGAGAAACUGAGGAGGUCCAGGGCCGUCCAGGAGGCCGCCAAACAGGAACAGAACAAGACCAGCGUGUCAGUCACAUGAUUACUUGACCUAUUUUAAUUUGCUAUCAAAACCAAUUAGAAUAAAGGAGUAGAGGUGUUCAAAUGGUCUGCUAAUGAAGUAAGGUAGAUGCGUUUGUAAUGGUCCACACAGGUCACAUCAGUGGACUUGUGUUCUGUGAAGUUGUCACACUGGUGGCUGCAGCGGGAUCACUGUAUAUAGUUUUAAAAUACAGGUGACAAGCAAUGAUAGCAGGAGGUGAAUAAACUCAACUCAGUACAUCUUCCUGUAGUUAGUUGAUGUAUUUUUUAACCUGGAUAGCAAGGGUGUUUGGGGGGGG